ACGUUUACGUUGAACGUUCGUCAAUAAUUUGAUAUUUUAUUCGCCCAUCAACUUGGAAUACUUAAUUUAAAAUAUUGUCUUAGUAACCAUGUCAACAGUCGAAGAGCUCAAAGCAAGGAUCGAAGAGUUAGAAAAGGAGUUAGCAGAGGAGAAGUCGAAUAAGUCCGCUGGCGCCCAUCGCGUGAAGAUAGCCAAGAUGAGUGCGGAAGUGGUUGAUAGCAACCCUUAUAGUCGACUAAUGGCAUUAAAAAGAAUGGGAAUUGUAGAUAACUAUGAGCAUAUCAGAGAUUUGACAGUAGCUGUGGUUGGUAUCGGUGGUGUAGGUAGCGUAGCUGCAGAGAUGUUAACAAGAUGUGGCAUUGGCAAGUUGCUUUUAUUUGAUUAUGAUAAAGUUGAACUUGCAAAUAUGAAUAGAUUAUUUUUCCAACCACAUCAAGCUGGUAUGAGUAAAGUAGAAGCAGCAGAAGUAACACUUAGAGAUAUCAACCCUGAUGUUGAGUUUGAAGUUCAUAAUUAUGAUAUCACCAAAAUAGAUAAUUUCCAACAUUUUAUGAAAAGGAUAAGUAAUGGAAAUUUACAAGGUGAUGGCUGUGUGGACCUAAUUCUUAGUUGUGUUGAUAAUUUUGAAGCUAGAAUGGCUAUUAAUACUGCUUGUAAUGAACUUGGUCAGAAUUGGAUAGAAUCUGGAGUGAGUGAAAAUGCUGUAUCUGGUCAUAUACAAUUGAUAAAACCAGGAGAGACGGCGUGUUUUACAUGUGCUCCACCUCUUAUCGUAGCUGAGAACAUUGAUGAAAAAACUUUGAAGAGAGAUGGUGUUUGUGCAGCCAGUUUACCUACAACUAUGUGUGUAGUCGCUGGAUUACUUGUACAGAAUACACUGAAAUAUUUAUUAGGCUUUGGAUGUGUGAGUUGUUACCUAGGUUACAGUGCAUUGACAGAUUUCUUCCCAACAAUGUUGAUGAAACCCAAUCCACACUGUGAUGACAGUUUUUGUAUGAAACGACAGACAGAACACAAGGAAAAAGUUGCUGCUCAACCUAUAGAAGUUAAAUUAGAGAAAGAAGAAGAAAUUGUACAUGAAACAAAUGAAUUUGGUAUAGAAUUGGUGGAUGAAACCAUAGAAGAUACUGAUAUUAAAGAAAGCCAUUUACCACAGGGUCUAGUGUAUGCUUAUGAUGCACCAGAGACAAGCAAAAAGGAAACUGAAGAUGAAGUUGAUGAAACUGGGGAAAGUUUAGAGGAGUUAAUGGCUAAGAUGAAGACAAUGUAAAUUACUGGUCAUGUGACCAGUGCAAACAUCAUAUUUACAUGUUUAUUGAUCGCUGACCUAUUUUGAGAAGACUAUCAAAUCUCAAAUUUGCAAAAAAUGGAUUUAAUAUAUUUUCAAUAUUUGCAGCAAUUUGUGUUUAUAAAUAGUGUCAUCUUAAGAUACACAAUGAAGAG